GUGCUCUUUCUCUCUCUCUCUCUCGACACUUUACCACCAGCCGAUGGCCUCGCAAUGCUCUCGCCGGCCUGAAGAUCUCAAGAAAAUGACCUGAACAUGUUGCUUUGUGGAGAUCUUCAGCCGCGGAUCGACAAUCCUGGGGGUUCAGCUGCUGCAGUCUCGGAGAUUUUCUCAGGGUGACCAUAAAGUCAUGAGAUCUUCGUCCUCGCGAUUAUCGAGCUUUUCCUCGAAAGAUUCGCUAUGGAACCGGAUGCCGGAUCAGAUCUCAGUGUCCGAGUUCCUGUCGGAGACCACGGAGGAUUACAACUCCCCCACGACGUCCAGCUUCACGACCCGCCUGCAGAGCUGCCGGAACACAGUCAACGUCCUGGAGGAGGCUUUGGAUCAGGACCGGACAGCACUGCAGAAGGUGAAGAAGUCUGUCAAAGCCAUCUACAGUUCAGGCCAAGACCACGUGCAAAAUGAAGAGAACUACGCACAGGCGCUCGACAAGUUUGGCAGCAAUUUCAUCAGCCGGGACAACCCUGACCUCGGCACGGCCUUCGUGAAGUUCUCCACUCUCACCAAGGAGCUAUCGGCACUCCUCAAGAACCUGCUCCAGAGUCUCAGCCACAAUGUGAUCUUCACCCUGGACUCACUGCUCAAGGGUGACCUGAAAGGAGUGAAAGGGGAUUUGAAAAAACCAUUUGACAAGGCUUGGAAAGAUUAUGAAGCAAAGUUCACUAAGAUUGAAAAGGAGAAGAGAGAGCACGCCAAGCAGCAUGGCAUGAUCCGCACGGAGAUUACCGGCGCCGAGAUCGCCGAGGAGAUGGAGAAGGAGCGCCGACUCUUUCAGCUGCAGAUGUGCGAGUAUCUGAUCAAAGUGAAUGAGAUCAAGACCAAGAAGGGGGUGGACCUUCUCCAGAACCUGAUAAAAUAUUAUCACGCACAAUGCAACUUUUUCCAGGAUGGUUUGAAAACUGCAGACAAGCUGAAGCAGUAUAUUGAGAAGCUUGCCGCUGAUCUUUAUAAUAUAAAGCAGACGCAGGAUGAAGAGAAGAAGCAGCUAACUGCCUUGCGGGAUCUCAUCAAGUCCUCUCUGCAGCUGGACCAGAAGGAGUCUAGGAGAGACUCCCAGAGCAAACAGGGGGGUUACAGCAUGCACCAGCUGCAGGGGAACAAGGAGUAUGGCAGUGAAAAGAAGGGUUAUCUGCUGAAGAAGAGUGACGGGCUACGGAAGGUCUGGCAGCGGAGGAAGUGUUCGGUGAAGGGCGGCAUUCUCACCAUCUCUCACGCCACGUCCAACAGGCAGCCGGUGCGACUGAACCUACUCACUUGCCAGGUCAAACCGAGCGGGGAGGACAAGAAAUGCUUCGACCUCAUUUCCCACAACCGGACAUACCACUUCCAGGCAGAAGAUGAGCAGGAGUUUGUGAUAUGGAUCUCAGUUUUGACCAACAGUAAGGAGGAGGCCCUGAACACGGCCUUCCGUGGGGAGCAGAGUGCUGGCGAGGACGGCCUGGAGGACCUGACGAAAGCUAUCAUCGAGGAUGUGCUGCGCAUGCCUGGAAACGAGGUCUGCUGCGACUGUGGGGCUGUGGACCCCAAGUGGCUGUCGACGAACCUGGGCAUCCUGACAUGCAUCGAGUGCUCGGGGAUCCACCGAGAGAUGGGUGUGCACGUGUCGCGCAUCCAGUCCAUGGAGCUGGACAAGCUGGGAACUUCAGAGCUCUUGCUGGCCAAGAAUGUAGGAAAUAGCAGUUUUAAUGAAAUCCUGGAGGGCAAUCUUCCGUGUCCCUUGCCGAAGCCCACUCCGUCAAGCGACAUGACUGUGCGGAAGGAGUUCAUCAACGCCAAGUACGUGGACCAUAAAUUUGUACGCAAGACAUGCACGUCGGCAGCCGACAAAAUGAGCGAGCUGCACGAAGCGGUACGAUCCCGUGACUUGCUCGCGCUCAUCCAGGUGUAUGCCGAGGGGGUGGAGCUCAUGGAGCCGCUUCCGGAGGCAGGCCAGGAGCCGGGAGAAACCGCGCUCCACUUCUCGGUGCGCACAGCGGACCAUACCUCGCUGCACCUGGUCGACUUCCUCGUUCAGAACAGUGGCAACCUGGACAAGCAGACGGACAGGGGCAACACAGCGCUGCACUACUGCUGCCUCUACGAGAAGCCUGAGUGUCUGAAGCUACUGCUGCGGGGAAAACCAGCCACGGACAUUGCCAACCAGAGUGGCGAGACAGCGCUGGACGUGGCACGGAGGCUGAAGAACACCCAGUGUGAGGAAGCGCUGGUGCAAGCAUCAGCUGGGAAGUUCAACCCCCACGUGCAUGUUGAGUACGAGUGGAACCUGCGUCUGGAGGAGAUUGACGAGAGCGAUGAUGAUCUGGAUGACAAGCCCAGCCCCAUUAAGAAGGAGCGCUCACCCCGUCCGCAGAGCUUCUGCCACUCGUCCAGCCUGUCCACCCAGGACAAGCUGUCCCUGCCUGCCUUUACGAGCCACCGUGACAAGCAGCGCCUCUCCUAUGGUGCCUUCACCAACCAGGUGUACAGCGCCUCCACCGACUCGCCGACCUCGCCCAUCCUGGACGCCCCUCCGCUGCCACCCAGAAACGCUGGCAAAGCUCCCUCUGCCGGCCAUCCCACUUCCCUCCCCCUGGGCUCACAGCCCACCGGUGGGGGCAGUUCUACUCUGUCCAAGAAGAGGCCUCCGCCCCCUCCCCCUGGCCACAAGCGCACCCUCUCCGACCCGCCCAGCCCUCUACCUCACGGCCCACAGACUAAAGGUGGGAUUCCUUGGGGAAAUGACUCUGCUCCAACACCUGCCAGUAGGACACCUCCAACAAACAAAUUUGAGGGCAUUCCACAGCAGCAGAGUACUACUACCAGCAACACUAAGUCUACGCUGGGACCAAGGGUUCUUCCCAGACUACCUCAGAAAGUGGAACUACGGAAAAUUGAAACCAUCCACCACCCCUCAGUUGACAAGCCUAGCCAGCCACCUGAGGUGUUCCAGAAGCCUCCUCCAGCUGCCGAGACACCGCAAAAAGCCCCACCGCCUGACAAGCCCCAGCUGAGCGAUCUGCCACCCAAACCCCAGAUCUCUGACCUCCCCCCAAAGCCCCAGCUGGCUGACCUGCCUCCCAAACCGCAGUUGGCUGAGUUGCCCCCAAAACCCCAGAUCAAAAACCUUCCCCCAAAACCUCAGCUGGCAGACAUGCUGGCCAAGCCCCCCGUCUCUGACGCGGCCCAGAAACCCCCCGCGUCCGAGCCAGCUCAGAAGCCCCUGUUGGCAGAACCGGUGCUCAAACCGCAGCCUGCUGAUGGUCCAGCCUCCAACCAGCAGGGGGAGCCAGUGCCCAAACAAGCCAGCGAGGAUACCAAUGGCACGCCAGCCAGUGCCACUGAGAUGCCUGUUCCACUGCCCAGGAAGAUAAACACGGGGAAGAGCAAAGCACGGCGGGUCAAGACAAUAUAUGACUGCCAGGCGGACAAUGAUGAUGAGCUCACCUUCUCGGAGGGGGAGGUCAUCAUCGUCACAGGGGAGGAGGAUCAGGAUUGGUGGAUUGGGCACAUUGAAGGUCAGCCCGAGAGGAAGGGUGUCUUCCCCAUGUCUUUUGUGCACGUUCUUUCUGACUGAUGACGGGGGGGCCGAGGUUCCUGGUCCCUCCCCCACCCUGCAACCCCACCCCCCAAGCACAAGAUCCACCCCUUUCUUCCACUCGCGAGGCUGCAGGCGUCGCUCCUGUAAAUAGCUGCUGUCACAUCUAGAGAUUAAACGGAACGAAGGAAGAAUCUUGCACAGGCUCACCUCACCAAAGGUGUGAAGUACAUUGUGUAUUGUAAAUAAAUCGUGUUAUCCUGCCUUUACCAGUAUUAUCAAGCCUUGGAACUUGGCAUGCCUUACUGGGUUUGCUGUAGCCAUCGUUGAAAUCUAGCACUUACUUUGUAUGUCUGUGACUACAUAUAUGUAUGUAUGUAUGUAUAUAUGUAGGUACAUGUAAAUGUAUAAUGUAUCUACCUACAUAUACCCAUGUGUGCGCACACAUACAUGCGUAUAUGUGUGUAAGGGUUUAUGUACAUACAUAUACAUGUGGGCGCACAUACUUACCCUGCCUGCAAAUGGAACUUAGGCAGUUUUAUUCUAAUUCUCUCCAUAUUAGCUUGACUGUUUUAAUAACAAUAUCAUCUCAUAUUUUCUUGUGAACAACAAAGGACCGGAAAAGGCAGUAACAUGAAGGAGUGAUCGGUCUGUGCACCUUCAUUUCUGUCCUCGAGGGCCAUGCUGGAUUGGGGCAAUGAAGGAAAUGUUCAGAGAGUUGUUAAAUGUUGCAGAGGUCAGUGGAAAAAGUGUCAAGAGGAUGAAAUAUGUAUUCAUUAAACUAGUCAGCGUGUGCAUGUACGUGACCUUUGGUGACUCUUGAGCUUCUGUUGAGCUUAAGAAAGAGUCUGGCAGCUGGGAUCUCUGUUGUGUGGAAAUUGCACUCUGAAACCACUGUUUCCCUCCGCACUCUGCCAGAUGCGUAGUAGAACCGCCCCUUCCAUACAAGCCUGCUUCCCAAGGCGGUAGCUGACCUGCUGCAUUACACGUCCCGUUCCUCCCGUCCAGCUUUCCAGGAGUUUAGUAGCAGGUCGAGAGCAGAAAUGGUGCUGCCUGGCUCUUGCCGUUUUGCUUUUGUGAGUUCUAGCCUGAUGUAUUAGACGAAGGCUUCGGGAUCAGUGCGCCGGCAGCCGGCGUCCCCCCACCGCCCCCGGACCGGGUGAGUGACGCCCCCUUUCUCCGGUGAGACCAUCCGACUGCCCACGUACCAGUUUCACGGCCAGCUUGUUACACACGCACACUGAUGGUAGAUUUUACCAGCACUCCUACUUAAGGUCAGGGCCAUUUCAGUCUCAUAGAUAUUGUAAUAUGUGUGUUUUUUCCUCCAUGCUUUUCUUAAAGUGAAAUUUAACCAUGACAAAGGUAUUAAGAGGAGCCUUAAUCACACAGCACCUUGGGAGUCUUUUCAUUUAACUGCGCAAAGGAGUACUAAAGGAUGAGCAAGAUGAUGUAUUAGCAAGACAUAUUACUUUGUGAAUGCUUUUGUGUUAUUUUUCAUGUUCAUGCUCUGUGGUAUUUUAAUGCUUAAACUUAUUUCUGCAUAGUCAUACAGUUUAUAGAAAUAGUGUAUACCGUAUAUACAUACAUAUACCCAGUGUUUAUGACUAUGUAUAUACAGCCAUGUAUACCUGCAUAAAUUUGAAAGUGAAUGAUAAUUCACUUUUCUGAGUAUUAAAAUGAACAUAUUUGUAUGUAGGGUGUGAUUUGUCUAGUAGUUGUAACAUCUUGCACAUUAUACCUCCAAGCAUUAUUUGUGCAAGAAUUAUUGUGAUAUUCUAUAACAGAGGGGGGAAAAAAAAGAUACCACUCAGUACUUGACAAGUUAUUCUCCAGUUUUGCAGUUUUUUUGUGUAUGUGUAAGCCUGGCCUGCAUAAAUAGUUAGGAAUAGUGACAAAAGCAAUGGAGUGCGAUUGUUGUUUAAUGAAUAUUUAUUUCAUCCAGGAUUUACAAGCGAGGCAGUCAAAGGCAGGGAUGUCAGGAGAGCGCUGGGGUAAUAAUACACUUGCCUGUUGAAUCUGUUUCAUGUAAACUUGUUACAAAGGAAAAAUGUCAUUACCUUCUUAAUGGCUCUGGAUAUGCUUUUAAAUGGCAUUGCAGUUUUUAUUUUUUACAUGUUUAAUUGUGAAAGAACUGGACUUAGAUGUAAAACAGAUUUUGUUUAACUAUCAUCUGCUCAUUUCCAAUAGCUCUGAAUAGGAUUGUCAGGAAGGAAUUUCAUCCCUUUAUUCCGUACAGUCAAUUAAUAAAGGUUUUAUGUUGUAAAAUGGAA